UCACGUGGAGAAACUUUCCGCGUUCGGAUCAUCGUCAGAUAACAAAUUUACUCGUGUUAUUAUUUUAUUUUAUUAUUUUUUUUGUUUUUAUUUUCGAGUUUGCAAAAAUCGUGACAAUGUUCUCAAUUGAAAUUUAAUUUGUAUCUUUAUUUUUACUUUAAAUACUCAAAAACGGGUCGGUCAAGCUGAUAAAGAAGCUUUUAAAUUGGAUAAGACUCGUAAAAAUAACCCAUUGUGGAGGGUGACAUAAGGCAUACGAGGCAUCGGCAUGUUACAAUCACACCGAUUAGGGUUCAGCUGACCGGAAAUGGAAACGUGACAAAGAUUGAAUUGGAGCUGGAAGAAGCUCCGGAUGGAAAAGAGGAUAGGCAUUCCGCCAUCCUUGUUGACUCAAUGUCUUCGGAAUUGGAUUCUACAGCCGAAAUAAAUUCCACUUAUCCAGGACCAGGUUAUCCACGACCGGGUGGAGUUGUAGUGGUGCGAGCAGAAGAAGCGCUUAUUGUAGUCUUUGUUCUGCUGCUUUGGGUAGGUGCCAUCGCUCUAUUCUUCAACCGGUGGGGAAAAAUAAGGAUGUUAGAACCCUACCAGCCGAAAUUCCAACAACAUCGUAACAGUUGUACCUCCAUUGAUCCUCCACCUCUGCGCUCAUGUUCAAAAUUUAACAUUCACUGCGUGGACCACUCGCAAUGUCAAGCAGUAAUUCGUCCGCGGCAAAACAGCGUAUUCGUGGACUCUAGCGUCUCUAUGUUAAGCGAAAACGGUAAUUUUCCCCGUCGAACACGAAGCGCCGUCAACUUGCAAUCAUUAGGAAAAACAGAAGGAAGCUAUGACUUGGAGCCGGGUCAGAUAGAAGAAGUGAUUGAGCCAGAAGAGGAGAUUGUUCCGGUGAUGAAUCAGAAGUCUUUAAACGAUUAUUCAAAGCCCUCGAGGUCCUUUCAGCGCGAACGGGGGAUGAGUAUUUGUCAGUUCGACAGGACAGACGUGCUUGUAAGGCCGCUCCAGCGCGAGAGAGGGAUGAGUAUUUGCCACUUCGAUCGGAUGGAUGUUCUCGCUAGGCCUUUGCUCAGGGACAAAGGGAUGAGCAUUUGUCACUUUGACAGAACGGACGUUCUUGCGCGUCCUCUUUGUCGGCCACUCGUCAGCCGUCCUGGUGUCCUGACCAACGCGGAAAAACUCGAGGCCUUGGGGAAAUCCCAGUGCCAUCGUGACAGCAGAACAAGCAUCGGAAACGCUGAGAGCUUCACCAAGAUCCUUCAUCAGCGAUCCAAAGACUUUCGAGCACCUCCCCCAGCCCUCGUUAGCCUAGACAGGGCGGAAUCCCUCGCACUGCCCCGGAAUUCCGCCCCCGCUUCUAAGGAAAAAACAGCCACCUUCAAAACCACGACCGCCACCACAACUACCGCCACCACCACCCUCACGUCCACCACCAGCAUUAAUACUUUCACGUCGACUACUAUAUCACCGUACGAUCGACCCUCGUGCAGUAAAACGCCUGACAUAGUUCUUGGAUAUAAAGCGACUUGUGUCUAAUUUGUCGGGUAAUUUUUUUUAAGUAGUCUAGUACCUCCAGUGGAAUUUUUUAUGCAGCUUGGGUGCAUUUAACGACUGAGUAUCGGCCAAAGUUUUUUAUCAAUAGUAGAAUUUUUUUUGGCGGUUUUUAAGGGUUAUCUUAGUCAGUGAUUACGAUUAUUAAUUAAGUACUUGGACUUUGAAGCUCGGUUGUAUUUAUUGGGUGAUAAAUUGUCGAGAGCCAGGGGAAAAUUAUAUUAAUGAUUUAGGAUUUUUUUUUUUUUUGGUUUAUGUUGGAUAUUAAGUGAGAAAUUUAGAAGGGGAGAUAAGUUUAUUAAGGAAGUACGAGCGCUAGGCAGGGUGGGGAUAGGUAUCGACUCUAGCGCGGUAAGGGGAGAGCAGUAACCAUAUGAUUUUUCUCAAUAUUUAUUUUUAUUUUUAUUUAUUUAUUCCCAAAAAUAUAGAUAAAUAUACAUACAUACAUACAUAGAUAUAGUACAUUUAAAUCCUAUAGAGGAAAACAUAAUGUUUCCCGCACGGAGAAAAAAGUAUUGCUAUUACCAUGAUACAGUAUAGUGAUGAUCACAAUCCCCGAAUGACUAUACUUUAAAUGCGCAUAUGCCCAAUCUAGUGAAUCGUGAUUAUCACGAUCCACAUGGAUUCGGAUAUCGAGUGUCUAUAUUGCUAUGGUUUAUAGAUGAUUAGUUGUUUUGAAUUAAAUAUUAAUUAUAUUUUAUUGCAGAUUAUUAUUUUUUUGGUAUAAUAUUGUCAUUAACAUAAAUCCAAAUUCCUUUAGUAGAUUGAUUAGUUAAAAAUUUUUGUGUAGAUUAUGACAGUCAAGAAUUGGGUUAGGUUUAAAAAUGUUCAAAUUAUGACUUACAGCAAUACUGUUGGAAUUUAUCUCAUAUGACUUUUUUUUUAUUUUUACCAAUAUUAUUAUUAUUAGUCGAGAAAUUUGUAUUAUUAAAGUAUUCAUUUAAAAGAGGUGAAUGUUUUUAUCAUAAGACAAAAAUUUUUUAAUGGAAUUUUUACUCCUUUAUUAUUGUACAUAUUUCAUACAAUAACAUAUUUUUGUAUAAAACAGUAUGGGAUCAAAUCAUUUAUGCUAAAAAAGACUUUUGUGAAAACAAAAAUUUUAUUUGUUUAAUACAAUAUAUAAUGUACAUUGUUUUUCCUUAUCAACGCAGUAGAAUUAUAUACAAUAACCACGGACACAGCAUUAACACAGUUAACAUAAGAAGAUUUAUUUCUUUACUAGCCUUCAAAAAUCGACACAAGUUUUUCAAAAUUUCACUCGAGUAAUUUAUCAACAACCCAAUCAUCUAUAUCGCUAUUAUUAUUAAUUCACUAAUUUAUGUAAUUAUCACUAUUUCAUUACCAAAAUUGUAAACAAAUCCACUCGUAAGUUUCAGACUUGGUUAUGCGUGGUGGCGCUGAAGGCGUCGUGGAUCGUCAUAAUCACGAUCCGUUUCGCCGUAGUAAGGAAACGUUUCUUUAUGAUCACAAUACGUUUUGACAUAUUCACAUACCACGGCAAGUUAAUAUAAGAAUCCGAAGUAUUGAGUAUAUCAGGUUAUAAUAUUGUGAAAAUGACAAUACUGUUUUGAGCUAAUCACAAUACUACGUUCACGAUCCACCGGAUCGCUACAAUAGCAAUACUUUUUUCUCCGUGUGUUCAUAGGUUUGGGAGGAGUGAAUAGGGAUAUAUGAUUUACAUGAAAUACCAUCAUAUUUGUUUAUUUAACAUCAUAAGCUUAGUAUUUAGUAGAUCUUACUUACUUAAAGUAUAAAUUAUGAAGCGAAGAAAUUAUGAAAAGCACCAUAAAUGGUUAUACGUCACGAAAUCCAGCGACAUUAUAUCCGCGACGUUGUAUCCAUGACUACGUCAUUGACUUGUCUAUACGACAAAUUUAACUACAAUUUAUUUGUCAUUUACCGUAAGAUGGACGGUGGCGUUUGCUCAGUCAGGUCUUAAUAGGUGACUGAAUGGUAGUUACGGACAGUGUCUCGGAUAGCUUAACUUGGUAGAGCCUUUGGCGCGUAACCGAACGAUC